AUGUCCGCUUGGUCCGCGCUGAAACGACAUGCCGGCCGCAAUCAAACGGGUCCCAUGGAGGACUUCGACGUGACGGACGAGCAGGAGCAGAGCGCCAUCGCGCGGGCUCUCGCUAACGCGUACAACGCCAGCUCCAUUAAGAGCAGCCCCGCUAUUCUCUCUCAUCCAGCCGACGCUUCGCACAGCGCUUACCUCCCGUCGCCGUCUCCCAAGGGCAUGGCGUCCGCGCCGCUCUACACGCGUAACCGCAGCUCCGUCUCUCAGAAAACCAAUCCCGGUCCCCUUUACGUGCCGCGCCACGUCUGCUCCGGCCGAACUUCAGAGCCUGCUUCCGGCAACAACGGUCGCAUGAUGACGUCAUCGUCGUUCAAGAUGCGUGAAGUCACCAUCCGCGAAUAUUCCGUCGAAGAUUCGCUUCCAGAUAAUCUCGGGAGCAUCAUGGGUGCGCCUCCGCAGUUCCCGCGCAUGACUCACUCCAGCCCGCACAUCGAGCCGCCAGCGCCGACUUACACUCGCCGGUCGGCUGCCAGCCGGUUGAACGGCCCUGCCGACAUCGGCAGCAGCGUUCCUAACUUCCCCACGCAGCCAUUGGUCUCCCAGUCCGUGCCACGUCAGCCUGGCCUCGGUCUCCCCCAAUCAGAGCAAUCCGCGGGGAAUCAAACUUCUCGUUACACGAACAUUGCUAUCAAGCCGGGGAUGGCAUACCAGCCGCGAUCGGCGCGCGGAGGGCAGUCUAAGCCUGCGUACAACACCGGAGCAUCGUCGUACGUCCCUGCGGAGCGCAUGGACGAUGCCGGAAGCGACGGACGCUGGUCGCACAACAGUCGCCCAGUAAGCUCCAACGGCGGGGGUCUGCUCCCCAACCCCACGGACGUAUCGGGUGCGUCCACGUGGACGAGGCAGUCUACCAGCAUGCCGUACUGGCCCGCGCAUGCUAUGGGUGGUAUGCCAUCCAGCCGGCCUGUCUCCGGCUCGUUCGCCGGAGGUAGGAUUGGUGGGGUUGCUGCUGGCAUGGGUGCUGGCGGAGAUCCCAAGGGCAAGCAGUGCCGCACGGAGCUGGAGGAGGACGUGUCCGCGGCUGAGGCGACGACCCGUCAAAUGCUCAACCACCUGUGCUUGUAA